AUGACGGAUGGCGAACCCGAAGCUCUGCCUGCGCUGCUGAACGAAGCUUUGGUGGCCUUGGCAGAUCAGUGCAAAGUCCCGCCUGAUUAUCAUGGGAUUCUCGCGGGAUUUGAUGUCAGCCUUUUCGGCUGCAUUGCAGCUGAUUCCUCAGCUUUGGAUGAGGCGCUCAAGGAUCUACUCGAGGGCACCGUGGAACCGCCAUCCACUGCUCAGCGCCUGCUUCUGCUUUCUUCGCUACGACUGCUUUACGAGACUUGCCGUCAGCAGUCGUCAGCAUCCCGCCAGGGCAAGCGCCAAGAGGAGAACGACAUCACUUCGGGGUUGUCUACCUCGAGCUGGUCCGAACAGUUUCCCCCCAAGCUUUCAGGCGAACGUGUGAUGUCUCUUCAGAAACAGUUUCACGCCCGCUACCCGGGGGAGAUCUUAGAUCCCGACAAUUAUCCGUCGGCCAGGUUGCUAGCUUACGUGGCUAAGGUCAUUCAAAAAGGAGAGCUGCGGUGGAUCCCGUGGAAGAUCAGGAUGAGCCAGGCCCAACAAGACUCCCUGGCUUUGCGGCGCCCAGCUAAGGUGCCUCGGUUAGAAGAGCUGAUAUACGACGACGUUCCCCAGCGCGAGAUACCAGCUGGAGCAGUUGGCGCGAACUAUCUCUCGGGCAUCUUGGGCUUGGUUUCAGUGGCUGUAGCGAUGCUUCAGGGCGCGCACCUUGCCAGCCUUCGCAAGUUUGAGCGCAAGUUCAUCAAACUGGCGACGCAAAAAUGUGAGGCGGGCAUUCGCAAUCCGUUUGCUGAGGAAAUCAUGCAGGCAGAUCGUCAGCUAUGGUGCCAGAUGGCCGAUCUGGUCAAUCUUCAUGGCUGGUCCUUGGAUGAUGCUCUGACAGAGUACACGGAGAUCAGGGGGGACAUGGCUUCGUUACUGCAGUCCCGGGUGGCGGUGCCCAAAAAGUUCGCUAUCCCACCUGGUCUUCCAAGGCUUCCUGGGGGCAAAGGCAAGCAGAAGGGCGGCGGCAAAGGUCGAGGUGCGAACGGGGGUCAGUCUGGUCAAACUGGGGCAAAAUGGAUCACAAAGUUUGAGGACAAGGGUAAGACUCGUCUGCUGUGCCGGGACUACUCUUCGGCCAAGGGUUGCUCCUUCACGGAUUGCAAAUUCGAGCAUUUGUGUCCGGUCCCGCGCCCUGACGGCAGAUUCGAUGCCGCGGAGCUAGUGCAGACCAGCUCUCAGCAGGAUUUGGAUUGGGAGACAUGUCUAUCAGUUUUGCAACAGCACUGUCCAGGAUCAACUCAGUUGCUUCGGACAAAGGUUCUGCAGGGUGGCCGGAACCAUGCUAGCUACUUCAAUGCCGGUGUACGCUCGGGCUCUCUGGGCGGCCUGUGUCGCUUCACCUUGGAAAACCCCAAGUUGGUGGAGUAUGUAAACCUUUUCUUACAGUCAGUGUUCCCUGAUGGGACAUGGUCGAGUUUCUGCAUUUCGCACAACGAAUUCGCUCACAUUCAUUCGGAUUUCAAUGCGCCAGGCUCUUUGAAUCACUCUUGCAGCUUGGGGGCUUUCGACAAAGGGGGCCUCUGGAUCCAGGUCGCGGAUUCGGCAUUUCCGGAGCAUCCUCGGGUCCCUCCUACGGACGCUCAGGCUGAUCAAACUUUGCGCGGUUGCAUCUUCAACACUCGAAGGUCAGGGAUCUCUUUUGACGGGGCUCUACCACAUUGUUCGGAGCCUUGGACUGGGGACCGGUGGGUCCUGACAGCAUAUACUUCGGCCCAACUGCCGGGUGUAUCGGCUAGUGAGAUGCAGCAGCUGCGGGAUUUGCACUUUCCGCUGCCAGAUUCUUCUUGUCAAACGGCUGCUUCAGCAUUGUCUGGGGCAGGGAUUCUUCCGGCUCCACCUUCGGUUCUGGAUCUUUCCAAGGUGCGCGGGAACCUUUUCCUGGACUUGUUUGCGGGUCAUGCUCGGCCACUAUCGUCUGCCUUCUUGCAAGCUGGGGUUUCUGUUCUUUCGGUGGAUACAAUGUUGGCUUCGGAGCACGAUCUUCUGGAUGAUUCGGUUUUUGAACCUCUUUUGCGAUUGAGCUUUUCGGGAGCUGUCACCUCGGCUCAUGCGUCACCACCAUGCCGGGAGUAUUCCAGGUGCAAGCUUAUCCGGCCUGGUCCGAAGCCCUUGCGCACCCCAGAACAUUUGGCAGGGAUCCCAGGUCUUUCUUCUUCGGAUCAAGAGCGGGUGGCCGCCAGCCGGACUUUGAUGGAGCGGGCCGUCGAGCUUCUGCACGCCACCUACAAGGCUGGUGGGCAUUUUAGCCUUGAAAAUCCAGCAAACAGCAUGCUUUGGCUGGAAGAAGCGGUCCGCAUUCUGCUUCAGAAGGCCAAUGCCGAUGUGCUUGUGGUAGCGGCUUGCGCUUACGGUUGGGAUAUCUCGAAACGCUGGGCUUUCGCUACCUCUUUUCGGGAUAUGCAGCGAUUGGCCAAGGAUUGUUCACAUGCUGAGGGCUCUCAUCGUCCUGUUGCUGGGGUUCGGGAUGAGUCCGGUGGUUAUGCCUCUCAACAGACAUCUGAGUUCCCCGCGAAGCUCGCGGAGGCGUAUGUAUCGGCCGCUCUCCCACUGUUUUCGACAUGCGAAAAUCCUUUGGAUGUCCAGCUGUCUCAGCUAUAUCAGCUAAUCCCUGCUAAAGGUCGCUUCGACAUGCCUUUCGCACAUCAAGAUGGGGCUGGCAUCUACUCAGUCCCCGACUGGUCUUUCCCCCCGAAUGGGACUGUUGACAGACUUCAGCAGGUCAGGCAUGCUCUGACACAGAAGCUUUUUGAGUUGAAGGCCCCGAUUCGCUUGCGCGAACAUGUCCAGGCCAAGUCGGAUUCUCCAUUGUUCUCGGAGGGAGAGAUUGCAAGCUUUCGGGCCAUCUUUUCAGAGUUCUUGGUGGCCACGACAGGCCGUCCGGUGGACUGGUCUGUUCAACCUUUUCAGCCGUACACUCUCAAUGCACUUCAGCAACUGUCAGAGGCCUUGGAAGAUCCCGACGACACUCUGUUCGCUUGCCUCCAAUCAGGCGCUCCUACUGGUUACUUCAAGGACAUCCCGAGAAGCGGGGUGUUUGUUCCUGCGCCGGAGGCGACAACUUCGGAGGAGCAACCUUUGCUGGAGUGCCAAGAGAAUUGGAAAGGAGCUCGCGAGAAUCCAGAAACUCUGGAAUCCUUGAUACAAGAAGAACUGGAUAACGGCUACUUGGAGGAGGUAACUCUUGAGGAGGCUCGCUCCAGGUGGCCAGAGGUUGCCGUUGGGAAACUCAACGUUGUGAUCGUGCCGGACAAAAACCCUCGCUUGACGGUUGAUGAAACAAUUUCUGGCGUGAACCCGGCUUGCCACAUUCCGGAACGUUACAACUUGCCGGGCCUGGGCGACUUGCAAUCCAGCUAUCCUCUUCGAGGGCAGGUGUCCGAGCUUCGCUCCUUCAGUUUAGAUAUUAAGGCUGCGCACAAGUCCAUUCUCAUGCAGGAGCGGGACCCCUACUGGUGGCAGCGUCUUUCCGGUUUCUUUAUGCGAACAUGGCAUCUUCUGGUGUUCUUGGCUCACUUCAUGUCCAUGUACGUGGACGAUUUGAUCUUAGCCAUGGCCUCCGGUGCCUUGGACAUCUCAGCUUGUCUGCUUCUGGCUUUUGCAGCAGCUUUCGGUAUCAGGUUGUCUUGGCCUAAAUUACAAUUGGGUUCGGGCUGUCUUUGGAUAGGCUGGCAGUUAUCUUAUCGGGCUGGGACAGUUCGGGUUCCGCAGUCUAAACGGGAGAAAUUGCGCGGCCUACUGAAUCCCCUGCUGGUGGCGGGCCGAGUGGAGCUGAAGCUGAUCCAACAAGCUUUGGGCCUUCUUCAAUGGAUCACGCAACUUCACAAGGAGCUUCGUCCUUGGCUUUCUUCUUUGUACGAUGACAUUUCGCGGCCGCCGGGGACGUCCUUUUCCAUUGAGCCAUCUCGGUGGGGAUCGUUGGCUCCUUGCUUGUCAGAUGCGAUGGUUUUCAUCUCCACUCCAGCUGGCACGGCUAUCCCUGUGGGCUCUAAGCUGCUGAGUGCUCGGCACAUCGAACUGUGGAAGAAAUCGGAUUUGGCCAAAGUUCCGCUCACCUCCAAGCGGGUAUGGAUGAGGAUUGCGGCUCCUCAAUCUCGCUUUCGGCGCUUAUCUGUGCUGAGCAGGCGCCUUUUGCAAUUCUGGUUUGAUUGGUGCGGUUCACAUCAAUUUCACGAAUGUCUGAUGCUUCCUCAGCGCUCUCUUGAUGCUACCAUGGCUGCUGACGCUUGUGCUCAGGGUACUUCGAUCGGCAUUGGCGGCUUCAUCACGUUGCCGGGCUCGGAUUCCUUGUGGUUUUCCGAGCGCUUCGAUCUGGCCGACUUUAAGUACUUGGAACUUCCGCUGCACUCUGAAUCGCAGAAGGACAUCUCAUGCUGGGAAACAUUGGCUCAAGUGGGCCUCAUGCUUCUCUUUGGGCACCUGUGCCCAGGCGGGCGUAUGAGAAUCUGCGUACCAUCGUUCUGCGACAGUUCUGGUGCGGAGUCUAUAUGUGCGAAGCUUCUGACGACGAAGUCGCCUCUUUGUUUCUUUACCCAACUGGUCGCGAUGAUAAGCACUCGCAUGGGGAUCAGUCUGGAGGUGCAACACAUCGCGGGUGAACGUAACACUGAUGCUGAUUUCCUGUCCAGGUGGGAUGGUGUCAGCCCUUUGCCUGCACCAUGGAAUCCAGACUUCAGAUACCGCUUCACAGUCGCGGAUUUCUUCGAUCUACGUCAUGAUGUGCGGCUUUUCCCAGCCGAUGCCAAGCUGCUUUGGAAGCUGCCUCGAUGA